UGGAGCUCAGAAUGGGAGAGAAGAGCACGCACUAUCAUUUUUUCCAGUCAGCCGGUCGUCGGUCGGCAGACGAAAACCGAAACUGGAUAACAGAAUCGGAGGUCGCGAAAGCAUCAUCAGUGCACUUUUAUCACUUGUCGCGUUCGGUCGAACAAAAAGAUUCUAACGGUCGAUCUGGAAUAUCUACUGUGUGUGAAAAAUCCCUUCGGAUUGUGUCUUUCUGAAAGUGUUUGCCGGUUUGUGAUUUUGAAUCAGAAUUUGUGCGGUAGUGAGUGGUGGAUUUGAAAGUAAAAAGGAGCUCAUUAUUCUUAGGGGUGAACAACGAGUGUCAAAUUUUAUUGUCUCACGCGCGGUCAGAGUGGAGAUUUAAACGGAGUGGCUUUUGUUUUCGGGAUUGGAUUUCGUAGUCGGAAGAACAGAAAGGCGCUUGAUUCCAAUAGGAAUCUCGGCGAUUUUGUGUGUCGGUGGCUGGCUCCAGAAGGCAUUCGUAAAUGUUCGGAUUUUAUGAAUGAAAAAUCAGCACGACACAGUUGCUGCUGCCUUCAGUCAUUAAACCCACCAGGACGACGUGUGCAAUAAUAGCGUCCUCAGUCGAAGAGAACAGACCACGAGCGGUGCAUCUUUCAGUUUAACUCGAUUUAAAUUGAAUAGAAUUGGCUAGAACUCGGUUGCGCCUUCGUGAAGUGAAGUUGGGUGCGUGUGACACGACUUAUAUUCCCGCCAUCAUCGUCGGCAUAAAUCCCAUUUGUUGGGAUGUGACUAAUUGUGCCUCCGUGUGUCCGCGUUCGCGUCCCGGUGGAAAAUCAUAGAAAACGUUAGGAACGGAAGAAAAUUAUCCUACCGACAAGCCGACCGGCGGUUCAAGGAAGCUCUCGUGAGUGCUGUUGGCGUUGAAGAGUAAUCAGUUAUCGCUCGGCUCGGGAAAAAAAGUUCAAAAUUGUGGGGGAAACACACUGGCUUUCCUCGAAAAAUAGCUCAUGCAACCGACAGAACCAAAUCUGCAAGCACCGUCAUCACCGCCAAGGGGGUCGAAAAGACAAAGGAAAGAGAACUGGUGUUGCAGUCGCAGCAUCCCCCCGGUGUCGUCAUCCAGAGCUUGGCGGGGUCGUAGUGGUGCUGCGUCACUCUCUACGACUGCAACCACGAUGAGUUUCCCGGUGGAGCCUACCAACAGACGACGACGGCAACGGACGAUGACGACCGGGAGAUGCCUGUGGAUGCUAGUGAUCCCGACUCUGGUCCUGAGCACGUCUCUCGCCGUGACUCAGUGCAAUGCCCUGGACACAUAUUACUCCAUCGCGCGACUUCAUCUGAGCAUUCCUACCUCCAAAGAAGCGUACAUCAUACUGAGAGAUCACCCCCUCCUAAGUGUGACGUUGCCCAGGAGAGAAAACUCCACAGAACAAUUUUGCUACAGUAUCGAAAGUCCCACUGAGCCGUACCUGAAAGUGAAUGACACCUCUGGCGAUAUUUGGCUAGCUUCACAUUUUCUCGACCUGCGGUCCCCGACGGAAUUUAUCAUCACGGCCCACACCAAACAAGGAGGUGCAGCUCUACGACGACUCAGCUUGACCAUCACUCCCAUUCCGGCGGGAAACAUUUCUCUUUCGCGCUUUUGUGAGGAGCACACUGACAAAAUUUGCUUCUGGGACCGGGCUAUUUACAAAAUUCAGGAAAACGAAUCACCUGGCUUCGCGAUUGGGCCCCUCGGAACCGACCUGUAUCAGAAGCUGUGUCGGACACAUUCCGUCAGCUAUCAGCUCAACAACGCAACCAAUUAUCUGCUGGCAUCCAACGGAUCCCUGUCCAGUCUCAUCAAGCUGGAUUACGAUUCCGCUCAUCCGGGUGCUCUAUUGAAAGCCAACGUUCGCUGCACGGUCCGAUUCAGCGGAAACGAUGUUCCUGUGCAGUUUGACAAAACCGUCGACAUCAACGUGCUGGAUCGGAACGAUAAUCGACCACGCUUGCAGCACACCAAUGACACACGCAUCGAUUUGCUUCUGGACGACCCACAUAUUAAUGAGGUGAGUAGAUUUGGUGAUUACAUUACUAAAACGGGAUCGUGCCGUAAAAUUCGGAUGUAG